AUGGGGGCUUGCUGCCAGUCCUCCCGGGCUGCUGAGGAGGAUGACCAGGGCUUGCACCAGCAGCUGACAGACAUGUGGGUCGUGAAGGUGAGCGAUGUGCUCCAGAUGCGCGGAGUUCCGAAAUGUCACCAGGAGCUCCGGCAAUCCAACUUGUUGGUCAAGCACACGCCCAGCUUCUUGACCAUCUUUGUGUCACAUCAGUGGUUGGGCAAUGAUCAUCCGGAUUGUCGUGGGAUGCAGUUUCGCAUCUUCCAGAAGGCCUUGAAGAACGUGCUCGAUGGCAGCAUCAAGCUGGAGUUGGAUGCAACUGCGCAGUUCUUCGGCCACAUGAAGACUCUUUCGGCCCAGUACCGCAAGAAGUUGAAGGAUGCAUACCUGUGGAUGGAUUGGUUUUGCGUCCCGCAGAUACAACAUGAGACUGACACUGCAGAUCGUGAGCGAGUUCGAGAGGAAGCAGGCCGCUGCAUCCGCUCCAUCCCAGCCUACGUGGAAGCAUGUCAGAUCUUCGCCGCCGUGGUGCCAAAGCUAAUGCACCAAGACACGCAGGAGUUUUGCAGCUACUUCACUUGGCUGAACCGGGGAUGGUGCCGUGCAGAGAUGUGGUGCAAGCUCCUUUCGGACAGGUCCGACAUACCCAUCGUAGUGAUCACCUCAACCGACCAGGUGGAAUUUGCAAUGCCGAUGCAGUGGCUCAAGUCCCCAGUCCAUAAGGGCAUCUUCUCAUUGGACAACGAUCGUGUGGCUGUGUGCAAGUUCAUCCAGGAGGCCCUGGAUUUCAAGCUGGCAAGGCUGUCGAGGCAGAAGAGCUUGGACAUCUACCGCUAUUUCGCUGCAAGAUAUACAGAUUUCCUCGGCUUGCCCAAGAAGCGAAGGAGUCUUCCCGAGUUUCUGAGCUACUUCAACUUUCCAUCCAUGGAGGCUGCGGUGAAGCAGAAGAAAGGCAUGGGAGCCAUGGCGUGUGCAGCGCUGAGCGGUGACGCGGGGUUGCUCCGGCAGCUGGCAGAGGCGAAAGCUCCGAUGGACACAAAGCUGCCUGAGAUCUCAGAGCUGGAUGUGAUGCCGGACUGGACGCCUCUACAUCUCGCGGGCGUGCGGGACGACGAAGAUGCCGAGGCGGUAGCGGCACUGUUGGAGUUGAGAGCAGAUCCCAACAAAGUGAACAAGUUGGGGCAUCCAAUUCUCGGGACUUGCGAGAGCCCACGUGCAAUCGAACUCCUCGUGAAGUACGCGGCUGACAUCAAUCAGAUGAAGCCGCUGACUAUGUGCACUCCUCUUACUCUGGCAUGCCUCCGCAGUCCCGAACCCGCUGUGAUCUCAAAGCUCCUGGAGUUACGGGGCGACGUGAACUUGAGGAAAGGUGGGAUCGGCUUGACGCCGCUCCACUCCUUGGCCAUCUACUCUCACGGAAAUCCACACUCGCUGGAGGUGGCAGAGAUGCUGAUCGCCGCCAGGGCAGAUCUCAAUUGCAGGGCGGAGGCUGGGCCGCUGUUUCGGUCCGUCGAGCUCGCUUGCCGGUUCAUUAUGCGCAUUCGCAAGGAGCCUCCCCUCAUCGUGAGAGUACUGGGGGAGGGGAGCACGUCACCGCUUGGCUAUGCAGCAUUGUUUGGAGGUGACGCUCUCUUGGACUAUCUUCUGGAUGAAGGCGCUGAUCCACAGGUCUGUAACCACAGAGGACUGACGCCGCUUGAGUUGUCCAGGCACUCGGCCGUGUACACCGUCCUCUCCCACCGUACGAGCACCGGCUCUACAAGCUUGUCGCACAGUGGUAGCACCGCGGCGUCUCCUCCCCUUUCGCCGCUUUCCCCACUUUCGCCGCGGUCGCCGACGUCACCGUCACCUCUUGGCCCGCUCUCCCCGACAGCAGAAGUUCUGGACGGCGCUCCCGUCACCAGAUUGUCGAGCAACGCUUCGUCGUUGAAGGAGCUGUCCCGCAUGGAAGAUUUAUAUGCCGUAAUGGUUGACUCCGUGGCGUUGGAGAGGCCACCGGCACCGGCACCCGAGCCAGAAAGUUGCGAUGGGGAACGCACCAUCAUCACUUCGCUCUAG